AUGUCUCCACUCUCAAUAUCCAGAGGUGGAACUCCCGCGGCCGAUGAAUCAUUUACACAGAUGGCCAACGAAGACCUAGAGUCGAUUGGCCGCCACUGUCAAUUUGAAUACUGCGGACAACUCGAUUUCCUCCCCUUCCGCUGCGAAUCCUGCAGAAGCACCUACUGCCUCGAUCACCGGUCCGAAAUAGCACACAAAUGUCCCCGCGCAGGCGAAUGGGCUCGACGCCGAGCGGCAAAUAAUCAAGAGAACCGCACUCCAACCGUGAAACCCAAUAUCUACAAUUCCGACCAGUGCUAUGAGCACCGACUCCGCGAGGAACACGAUUGCGCCAAGCUUACCCCGCUGGGCGCAAGACAAGGCAACGGCUCAACGCCAAAUGAAACGAUCAAGUCCAUGUUUGCGCGCGUGCGUGGUUGGGGCAAGGAGAAACAGGCGGCGGGUGCGAGUCUACUUCCGAAGACGAAGCCCAAACCGAAUAGUCCGGCUGCGAGGGCUGUGGAAGUCAAUACUAUGAAACGAACGGCGAAAGGCGAAGCUGGUGUUCCGGCUGAUAAACGCUUAUAUCUACAUACUGUUGGAACGGCGGAUACGCAAGCUGCUGAGCCCCCGUCCGGGGAUUUCUAUUACGACGAGCGGUGGAAGGUUGGACGGGUGCUGGAUGAUGUGGCCAAGAGGUUACGGGUUGAGAACUUGAAUAAUCGAAGUGGUGGAGAGGAGGCACGGUUGCGCAUUUUCCAUGUUGAGUCGGGAGAGUUUUUAGAUUUUUCGGAUUCUAUUAGUGGAAAGGUUAAGUCUGGAGAUACGAUUGUGUUAUUGCGAGGUGCUGGUGUGAUUCUCGAGAACUCAUGA